AUGUGUUAUAUGUUAAAAUGUUGGCAAGAUGUUCAGGCAGACCAAAUUUGCCGGGCUCAAAGCGCACUGAAUCGACUGACUGAAGUAGAGGUAUCCACAAGGAUUCUGACUGCUGCUGCCCAGCAUCCAGAUCUUGAUCGAAUAAGCUUUAUCACCUCCGCUCUUGAGUGCCACUUCACAGAAAUGGCGCCAUUAGAUGAAAUGAGCCAAAUGAUCUUGAGAUACAUUCAUUCAACAGGUGGUCAACACACAAAGAUCAAGGGUAUCAUUGCAGUGUCGCCUAGGAACGCAACAUUGAACUUUGAAAAGUUCAUCGAUGAUGAGAAUCAGAAGUACAUUAUAAUUACCUAUGCUUUUUUCGAAUGUGUUUCCAACAGGCCCUUUUAA